AUGUCGCAACGACAGGAAAUUUACGCAGCAGCGGACCGAGUCUUCAGUGAAAUAGGAGAAGUCGAUAUUGUCGUCAAUAAUGCAGGUGUAGCCCAUGAAUAUGGGGAUUUUCUGAACAAAACUGAUGACCUGAUAGAGAAGACGGUUCAUAUCAACAUGAUAGCUCAUAUGUGGAUGGCAAAAGCGUUUCUGCCUCGCAUGGUCGAACGAAACGCUGGUCACAUUGUCUGCAUUUGCUCAAUGGCGGGAGUUGUAGGAGCUAGAGAUCUCGUGGACUACUCAGCGUCGAAAUUUGGUGCCUUCGGAUUCCAGGAAGCUCUCGAGAAUGAGACCUAUAAAAAAAGAAGGCGCAACAUCCAAUUCACCACGAUCUGCCCGUCGUUCAUCCGGACCAGGAUGGCUACCGAAAUUCCGCUUGCUCCGUCAACGGAAUAUCUCUCACCUGAGGUGGUCGCUGAGGAAAUCGUCGAUGCUAUUCUCACCAAUAAGCGGAUAUUGUUGCUUCCUAAAAAGGCAUACUUGCUAUACGCUGUCAAAGGGUGA